AUGUGGUUUUACAGCUAUCUACGUCAUCCAAAUGAUGUGCCGUCGCUGCGCACUCACACACGAUCGAGUAACAUUUUUCUACGCCUGGGUCCGCAGUAUUACUUGCCUGAAGAGGAGCGCAAAAGUCUACUAGUCCGAACAUGUCACUUGAUCUACUACCUCGCGAACCUGCUCUUUCUGACAACUCUGACAACGUACACAACCCCGAAAAUUCCUUCCAAUCCCUCCACCACCGUCGCGCUUCUUUCUCAGUUGUUUCCAUUCAACUCGAUCGACGAGUGCAGCAACCGACUCAGCUGCAAGGUCGACUGCGUCUUGUACACGUUUCCCGGCCUCGACUGUGCGACCGACGCGAAAGCGCGCCUGACGUUCGGCGGCAACCUCUACUCGAAUCUGUAUUUCUACAAGUACCCUGGGGACAAUGUGCCUCAGCAGAAGGAAGCCCGAACCGCCUGGGAAACUUGCUACAAAGUGAUGCGGGAGACGACGGGUCCCCUCCAGUACUUGAAAAAUGACAGACAAACCGUCGAGCGGACGCACGUCUGCUUCGCAGGCUGCAAAGCCUCCAGCUCGGUGACCUUCUCUCAAAAGCUAACCGAUGGCAAACCCGUAGUCUUCAGCCCCGGCACGAACUGGCCGCAUAUGCCGCCGCCGGGCGCGUCGGCGCAAGACACUCGGCCGCCGUGCAACCCCGACGAGCCUCCAUUCCUUCUGUGCGUCGAGCCGACGGAUGCAUGCGAGCCUGUAACGCUCCCACAUCAAGUCUGUAUCGCAGACACCGGAUUGUGUUUCGACAUCGUCCGCGUCUUCAUCGCGGUGGCGCUUGGGCUGGUCUGGAAUGUCGUCCUCGACGCCUUCAUCGCCUGGUCAAUGUCGAUCGAUGACACGGAUCCCCAAGAUCUGGGGCGAGCGGCCUCCAAGUGCACGCUCCAGAUAAUCGCCACGGCCAUCAUAACUUCCACGUUCUUCUUUCUGAUCGCCUCCAUGUCGAGGAUCCUUGAGAUGGACGCCGACGUGGCUCGCCAAGGCACCCUCUGGACCUCCUUUGUCCUCGUCGUUCUUGUAGACCAAAUUCUCAGCUUCCUUUUCAACAUUCUCAUCUGGUACGCGAUGCUUCGGCGCUGCGGUCGCCAGGUGCCCGACGAGAGCAAGUUUCAGUACAGGAUUCAUCCGUCGCCGGUGCUGGUGAAGAUCAAGAAAGGAACGCGCAAGAUUGUGAACUACAACGGCUUCGAGAUGCUCUUCACAAUCCUCCUCGGCUGGAUGGUCGUUGAUCUCACGUGCCGCAUGAUUCUUUGCCAGUUUUUCUACGAUCAGCCGACCGUGAUUGCGCGGGCCGACCGUGUGCUGGAGGUCGUGGACUUCAUCAUCCUCAUUCUUUUCAUCAUCGAGAUUUGCCUGCGCAUUGCGGCGGACGGCCUGAAGACGUACUUCUACGACCCCAUUAACUGCAUCGACUUCUUCCUCGUCUUCUUCGGGUUCAUCAUUCGCAUCGUCGACUUUUUUGUGCACAUCAACAAAGGCCUCGGAAACGUCCUCUUCAUUCUGAGGCUCGUUCGCCUAUACCGCCUCCACCGUCCGCCGUCGGGCUCGCUGGCCAUCGGAAAGAAGGAAGUCUUCACGAAUCGCGUCGAGCGCAUUGUCGCCGUGCUGAACAAGACGCUGGAAAUCGAGGAGCUGACUGCGCGCGAGCAGGACAGCGUUAAGUGGCUGGUGCAGACAGUGUCAUCCGGGAAACUCUACGAGAUGGGGACGGAAGACAAGAAAAAAACCGACAGCCACGUGCAGGCUUGGAUGUCCAUCACAUCGACGCAGUCUCAGAGCGCGAACCAGAUGGCGGACGACAUGGAGAAUAUUCUGUUGGAGCGCGUGAAACAGAUGACAAAAGGAGGCGACGCCGAGACAGACAUGCCUGCUGUCCUGCUGGUCGAGUGUGGCAUCGACGUCUCCCUGGACCACGCUAUCGAAGGCUACCUGGCCAACAACCUAAUCACGUGGAGUUUUGACGUCUUUCGAUUUCAUGCGAUCGCGGGACAGGCAGCUCUACCCAAGUUGUUCAUUCGCUGCCUGCAGCACCAGGAAGUGUGUUCGCUGUUCAACCUGAAGAUUGAAAACAUGCUGCGCUUCGCAAUCGAACUCGAGAAGACGUCCUUCGCGACCACGCCGUUCCACAACUCGAUUCGGUCUGCCGAAGUGCUGCAGGCGAUGCACUUGUUUCUGGCGUUCUUUGACUCGCAAAUAAAGGGCUUUUUCAACUCGCGGGAAAUCCUCGCGGCCCUCCUCGCCUCCGUAGUCUGGGACUACCAACAUCCAGGUUUCUCCUCCGCGUUUCUGAUCAAAACGCAGCACGCGAUCGCCAUGAGAUACAACGACAGAAACGUGUUGGAGCAUCACCACGUGGCCGCGGCCUUCAGCCUCAUGCAGCGGCUCGGCGACAACGACCCCUUGCUCGCCCUUCCAGAGGAUCAGUACAUCGCUCUGCGGAAAGUCGUCAUCCUGCUCGCGCAGGCUGGCAGCCGAACGAAUCAGACCGCCUGCCUAUCGCUGUUGAAGACGAAGAUGCAGCAAGCGGAGUUUCCGCGGUCGAUAACUGAAGACAAAAAUAUCAUUCUCUGCAACUUGAUGAACGCGGCGAACUACUCGUUCCUCGGCAGACCGCUGCAGCUCUACAUGCAGUGGAGCCAGAAAUACAUGGAGGAACUCUUUCUUCAGGGCGACAGGGAACUUGAGCUGGAUCUACCAAUCACAAAGAACUGCGAUCGUCACACGGCCUCUGAGGCAGCCGUUCAGCUUGGCCUGAUUGACGGCUGGGCGAUCCCUAUAUACACCACGCUGUCGCAAACCCUGCCGAAGCUGAACACUAUCGUAAUCCCACACCUGAAACGAAACCGGCUGCAUUGGCUCGACGAGCAGGAGGACGACAAGCCGAAAGAAAAGCAAGGUAAAGCGAUUUCCCUGAAGCGGUAUUCCAAGUCGAAGCAAGGAUCCACGGAGGGCCCCGGGAACGGAGAGGCUUCAAAGCCUGGCGCACCCAUCGGCGAAGGCGCAGACGGAAGCAUGGGCACAGCGGAGCUUCGGCCAAGAGCGAUUCCGCUGUCAGAAGCUGACUAG